AUGGCGCCCAUCCCCUCAAGCUUUCCUCACACAAAGUGCACAAUCCAUCCAUCUCGACCAUCGCCUGUUGAGCGCUAUGACCUAACACCAUGGGAUCUGGCCAUGCUCUCCGCCCACUAUAUCCAGAAAGGUGUCCUCUUAGGUCAACCCUCAUCUUCUCUGAGCUCUGUGCUUGAUAACCUCAAGGUCUCCUUGGCUGAUUGCCUCACUCACUUCUUCCCUCUCGUGGGGCGCCUGGCCACGAGUACUGAUGGAGCCAUCUACAUCCAGUGCAAUGACGCCGGUGCCGCCUUCAUUCAUGCCAAGGCCACUCAUCUCACAGUGGAUGACAUCGUGGCUUCGCCUUAUGUCACUGACGAUGUGAAGGCCCUCUUUGCCCUGGAUGGUGCCAUCGGCCACGAUGGCCAUGAGCUACCCUUACUAGCCGUUCAGUUUCCCAAUUUUAAGAACGCUCUAUUGAAUGGAUGUAGUGGAAGUGAAGUACCUUGUAAAUUGGGGAAUUGGUCCAGUGGUUAUCAAGCGAGGACUGCAUUUGAUUAA